AUGCCUAGUCGAGGACUAACCAUACGUUCCCAAGGACACAGCACACCUCGUGACAUACGAAGCAAUCACGAUAACCGUGAGCUCUACGUUCAGAUUUGCACACCAGGGCCUGACGGUGCCAUCCAUUGGAUGAUCGCCAUGAGGUAUCCAGGUUCUGACCGUUGCACCCGGCUCCACAGCACCGGUUGCAUAGGGGAUCGUAGAUUGGAUAUCGAGCAUGGCAAGAGAUUUGAUAGCCGAUCAGUCGAACACACUCACUUUCUCGGUAAAAUUUGUGAAAGAGACAGUACCAUUGUCGAAAGAGAGGCUAGAAAGAUUCCGCUACAAAGCUGCCAACUCUGGGCUUGUUACCUAAUUCUUAGACUUGAGCGCAGGGGACUGCUCGAAAAAGGGAGCUACAAUCAUUACAUGCAUUGUUAUGAGCAUAUUCUUGAUGAAGACUAUGGGCCAGGACAUGACGGUCUAUGCCCGAUCCAUGGACAUUAA